GGGCGCGCGCGCGGCUCCGGGAGGCGGCGGCGGCGGAAGCGGCGAGGGCGGCGGGCGUCCGGCUCUAAGGUGGUGGUGCGCAGCGGCGGCGGCUCCGGACUGGGCUCGGCUGGGAGCGAGCGAGGGUCGGGGGCGCCGGGUGGAGCGCCGAUCCCCCGGCUCGACCAUCUGCCGGCCGCCCGGACGCCUGGGCCGCGGAGUUUGUGUCCCGGCUCGGACCCCGGCGCCCAGCCCGGAGCCGUAACCUUGAGGCGGCGGCGGCGGCGGCGGGGCCGGGCCGGGCCGGGCCGGGGGGCGGCGGCGGCGCUGGAUCCGCGGCUGCCCGAUCGUUGGCGGGAGAUGUCGAACCCCGGGACGCGGAGGAACGGCUCCAGCAUCAAGAUCCGUCUGACAGUAUUAUGUGCCAAGAAUCUUGCAAAGAAAGACUUCUUCAGACUCCCUGACCCUUUUGCAAAGGUUGUUGUAGACGGAUCUGGGCAGUGCCACUCAACGGACACUGUGAAGAACACGCUGGACCCGAAGUGGAACCAGCACUACGACCUAUACGUUGGAAAAACGGAUUCUAUAACCAUCAGCGUGUGGAACCACAAGAAGAUUCACAAGAAGCAGGGAGCCGGCUUCCUGGGGUGUGUGCGGCUGCUGUCCAACGCCAUCAGCAGAUUAAAAGAUACUGGCUACCAGCGUUUGGAUCUGUGCAAACUAAACCCCUCAGAUACUGAUGCAGUUCGUGGCCAAAUAGUGGUCAGUUUACAGACACGAGACAGGAUCGGCACCGGCGGGUCUGUGGUGGACUGCAGAGGCCUGCUAGAGAGUGAAGGAACCGUGUAUGAAGACUCCGGGCCUGGAAGGCCCCUCAGCUGCUUCAUGGAGGAGCCAGCCCCGUACACGGAUGGCCCCGGGGCUGCUGCUGGCGGGGGCAACUGCAGGUUUGUGGAAUCCCCGAGUCAAGACCAAAGACUUCAGGCCCAGCGACUGCGAAACCCUGAGGUGCGAGGGUCGCUGCAGACGCCACAGAACCGACCUCACGGCCACCAGUCCCCGGAGCUGCCCGAAGGCUACGAGCAGAGGACCACGGUGCAGGGCCAGGUGUACUUCUUGCACACGCAGACGGGCGUCAGCACGUGGCACGACCCCAGGAUACCCAGUCCCUUGGGGACCAUUCCUGGGGGAGAUGAAGCUUUUCUAUACGAAUUCCUUCUGCAAGGCCAUACAUCUGAGCCCAGAGACCUUAACAGCGUGAACUGUGAUGAGCUUGGACCACUGCCGCCUGGCUGGGAAGUCCGCAGCACAGUUUCCGGGAGAAUAUAUUUUGUGGAUCAUAAUAACCGAACAACCCAGUUUACAGACCCACGGUUACACCACAUCAUGACUCACCAGUGCCAACUGAAGGAGCCCAGCCAGCCACCGCCGCCCCCCAGCGAGGGCUCCGUGGAGGACGAGGAGCUGCCCGCCCAGAGGUACGAGAGAGAUCUGGUCCAGAAGCUGAAGGUCCUCAGACACGAGCUCUCCCUGCAGCAGCCCCAGGCUGGCCACUGCCGCAUCGAGGUGUCCAGAGAGGAGAUAUUUGAGGAGUCUUAUCGCCAGAUAAUGAAGAUGCGACCAAAAGACUUGAAAAAGCGACUCAUGGUGAAAUUCCGAGGAGAAGAAGGCUUGGACUAUGGCGGGGUGGCGAGGGAGUGGCUUUAUUUACUGUGCCAUGAAAUGUUGAAUCCAUACUAUGGCCUCUUCCAGUACUCCACGGACAACAUUUACAUGUUGCAAAUCAACCCAGAUUCUUCAAUCAACCCUGACCACUUGUCUUACUUCCAUUUUGUGGGUCGGAUCAUGGGUCUGGCUGUGUUCCACGGACACUACAUCAAUGGGGGUUUCACGGUUCCUUUCUACAAGCAGCUACUGGGGAAGCCCAUCCAGCUUUCUGAUUUGGAAUCGGUGGACCCUGAACUCCAUAAGAGCUUAGUGUGGAUUCUAGAGAACGACAUCACCCCCGUGCUCGACCACACGUUCUGUGUAGAGCACAACGCUUUUGGGCGGAUUCUUCAGCACGAACUGAAACCCAACGGCAGGAAUGUCCCCGUCACAGAGGAGAAUAAGAAGGAAUAUGUCCGGCUGUAUGUGAACUGGAGGUUCAUGAGGGGCAUCGAGGCCCAGUUCCUGGCUCUCCAGAAGGGGUUCAACGAGCUCAUCCCUCAGCACUUGCUGAAGCCUUUUGACCAGAAGGAGCUGGAGCUGAUCAUCGGUGGCCUGGACAAGAUCGACCUGGACGACUGGAAGUCCAACACGCGGCUGAAGCACUGCGGGGCCGACAGCAAUGUGGUCCGGUGGUUCUGGCAGGCGGUGGAGACCUUCGACGAGGAGCGGCGGGCCCGGCUGCUGCAGUUCGUGACGGGCUCCACGCGGGUCCCCCUCCAGGGCUUCAAGGCGCUGCAAGGCUCUACAGGCGCCGCAGGGCCCCGGCUCUUCACCAUCCACCUGAUCGACGCCAACACGGACAACCUGCCCAAGGCCCACACCUGCUUUAACCGGAUCGACAUCCCUCCCUACGAGUCGUACGAGAAGCUCUAUGAGAAGCUGCUGACAGCGGUGGAGGAGACCUGUGGGUUUGCCGUGGAGUGAGGUGCACCCCGAGGAGCAGACAUGAGUUCACGGCCACCAGACCCCGAGCGGCAGCUCUCUGGAUGCCUCUGCGAAGCCGGCUGCGGCCCUGGAAUCCUAGACACCUGAGGGAAAGGCUGGUCUCCCUGCUUUUGGCUGGGGGAGCAAGGGGGCGGGCAGACUACGGCUGGUGGCCCCUCCCACGUUCUCCUCCCCCUCCUGGCAGGACCACCCCCAUCCACCCCAUCCAAUAAACGCAGCCGGGUCAGCACCGCUUCGGUCGCACGGGAUCCUCUGCUCGGGCCGCGGCACUUGCAGUGGCAGCUCGGCGCCCGUGGGCUCCACGGGAGUCUCGACCCCCAGGCAGGGAGCCGCAUGGGGCACACCCCACAGCCGGGCCCGCUGCUGUCUCAAAGCCCACCUAAGGCCCCUUUUCGAGUUCAGCAGUUCUGAUUCCACACCCCACAUCCCAGCGGCCUGCUCUGGGUAGCAGGUUAAGUUCUAACUGAACAAGAACCGUAAAAUAGAUGCUUACUGGAGUUCUGCCACUGCAGGAAGCUGGCGUCAAGACUGUGCUUCCGUUUUGGAAGGGGACGCGAGUCGGGGCGGCUUGCGUUGGGGGCCUGGCUGUUUCUUUUCAGGGUUUCCUGGCUGAAAACUUUGUUCUGCAGAGAAAAAUGAUCUUUCCUUUUCAGAGUCCCUUUAGCCACAUUGUCUAUCCAGUUCAAAAUAUUUUUCCAGCAAGAACCACCACAUAACAGAGCUUAUAAAACAGACCAAAACCAGCCCUGCCCCGCUGCCACAGCUGCACCUGGAAGGUGUCACCUGGAUACUAACGAACCAUUUUGUGGAAAGUGCUUAAGAACUAAACUAACAGGCCAGAAUUCUGUCUUCGUAGCUGCUGGCUUGGUGCGAGCUAGCUUGAAAAGGAGAGAGAGAAUGUCUAACCCCCAUGAUCUACGUUCACCCCAAGUCACUGUUUUACAAAAAGCGGGUCACGGAUGGAGACCCGAAGGCAGAGGGGCCCCUGGACCCGUUGGCCCACGUCCGAUGGCAACACUCACCAAACACCGCGGCUCGACUCGCCCGCCCAGGCGAUGAGCAAGGCCAGAGAAAGCCCUGACCCUAAAUUUCUAACACUGUUCCCCAGUUUGCACAAAAGUUCAAAUAUUUUAAAAUGGUUCAAUUUCAUAGCUAGACUUCAGUGGAAAAACAGCAGCGGCAACAAAGUCUCCCGUGUGGACUUGCGUUGUUUUUGUUUGGGGGCCGAGUGCAGGGUAACUCGCUGGCAGGAGUGUCCCUGCCGAACUUCUGUUGUGGACGUUCCCGAGGUCCGUGCUGGGAUCCAUCUGGCUGUGGGUCUGGAAGGCGCUUUCUGGCUGCCUGACCUGUUCUUUUUUGUUCCCGACGCCUAUGGAGCGCUGACCCUCUGCAUCUUGCUGUGGUUCUUCUCUUGACCCAGAAGCAGUCAGUGGCCUGGGGGUGGGGGGGGGAGCACAGAGAGAGAAAGCCAUGCUGUCGGGCGGCUCGCUGGGCUUCUAGAAUAGGAAGGAUGCCGGUGGCUGUAAAAGGAAAAGCGCCCCCUCAGAAGGUCCGGGCUGUGGGCUGAGCCAUGCCCGAGUUACCCUGACGCUUUCCGGGGGUGCUGGGAGCUGGCUCCUCGGGGGCGUCCUCUGGGGCGUGAGGGUACAGACACACACACCCCGCCUGUGACCUGGACCUAAACCUAGAGGAGGGGACCGAGGGGGGAAGACAUACCUGGUUUUCCUGGGGUGUCGGCCAGAGCCUGCCGUAAUUAGGGAGGAGACGAGGGUCUCGGGGCUGAGAAGACCUGGAAGCAGGAAUGAGGCGUUUGCCGCCUCUGCGGGGGGUGGGCUGCUUCCCGUGUCACAUGUCACCUCAGCAGGAGCAGGGGGGCCCCACCGCGCUCCUCCGUGGGCUGCUGGCAACCGUGAGCUUCACCUCCCCAGGGCCUGGCUGCUUCCCUGCUGACACGUGGACCCCUCAGCCCCCACAGCUGGUGUCAGGGAGCCUGGCAGAACCUUCCAGAGCUCCAGGUCACUCGAGCUAAGCAGGCCUGUUGGUGCCCCUCGAACCUUAGUGUCCACGGGGAGUGGGCCUUUCGACCCCCCACCCCCACCAAAGAAUCGUGGCGAGCCCCCCCCCCCCCCCUGCCCCCCGCCUCUGCCUGGAAGCUUCAGGGCCCAACCCCCAGGCUUGCCUCACCAGCGGUCACAGCCGACCCUCAGGGAUGUAGCAAACCACCGCUCCUGGGUGCUUUUGGAGACCGGAGGGGCUGUGGGGCAGCCGCCAGCCAUCUGCCGGCUCCUCCGGGAGAAGCGCCUGGGAACAAGGCCCGGGGCUCGGUCAGCCCAGGGUCCGUGUCCAGGGCGGGCGGUCCUCCAGGCUGAGCUAUCUGAGAAGACGCCCCCGGCUGCAGCCAGGUGUUGCCACACGGCAGCCUUCCCAACACAUAGUAUGAAUUUUUAAAAUUUGUUUAUUUUUGUCUCUCAACCACUUUAUAAUGUAUUUUUAUUUAUUUUAAGUAACUGCUGCUAUCCUUGUUAUCCUUCCCACGGUUUUUAUUGCUGAUUUAUUUUGUGAAAGUUGUACACUAAUGUUGUUUUAUGUCAAAGUCAAAAGUAUUUAAAGAAUACUAGUUCUAUUUAAUGUGGUUAUAGAACCAGCUGGAAACACAGAACAGUGACUUUACAGCAGGCUGGACCCCGGUGGUCAGGUUCAUUUUGUUACAUAUGCAAUAAACUCACAACUUUA